CACACACAGCUCCUCGCGCAGAAGGAGUCGGAACUACUGGGAAAUCAAUAACAAAUCGACAAUAACAGGGAACUGGCCUGUACUUCCGCGUUAUUCUGCUGCUGUGGAAGACAAAUUAAAUAUAUCCGCGGAUUCGUACUUUUACCGGAUUCGGAUAACGUUAGGAGCCCACAGAGUUGCAGAAAUGAGUCAGUGGUUGGAUCUUCAACAACUGGAUUCAAAGUUUUUGGAACAGGUCGACCAGCUGUACGAUGACAGCUUUCCAAUGGCCAUCCGGCAGUACCUCAGCAGCUGGAUAGAAAGCCACGACUGGGACCAUGUUGCUAAUGUGGAGAAUGAGUCUCUGGCCACCGUGAGGUUUCAUGAUCUUUUGACCCAGUUGGAUCACCAACACAGCCGCUUCGCGAUGGAGAAAGACUUCCUGAACCAGCACAACAUCCGCAAGAUCAAGAGGAACUUGCAGAGCCUCUUCCAAGACAAUCCUGUUUCCAUGGCGAUGAUCAUCAGUAGGAACCUUAGCGAGGAAAGGAAGAUUCUGGCCGCUGCCCAAGUGUCAGAGAAUCGAACCGAAAGCACCCAAAAUGACAUGAUCGUGGAGAAACAUCGAGAAAUGGAUGGAAGGGUGAAAGACAUAAAGAUGAAAGUACAGGACACAGAGCAGACUAUCAAAAAUCUAGAAGACCAGCAAGACGAAUACGACUUCAAGAGCAAAACUCUACAAAGCAGAGAGGAACUGAACGGGACCAUUUCAAAGGAAGACCUGAACCGUGAGAGACUGACUAUCCAUGCCAUGUUUAUGAAACUCAACGACACAAGAAUGAAAGUGAUCAGUCAGAUGUCAGAGGUGUUAAACAAUAUGGAUCCGGUGGUCUUUGAGCUAAUCUCAACAGAACUGGCCGAAUGGAGACACCGUCAACAGAUGGCUUGCAUCGGUGGACUAACCAAUGUCUGCUUGGACCAGCUGCAGAACUGGUUUACUUCUCUAGGAGAAUCUCUGCUUCAGCUCAGGCAGCAGCUCAAGAAACUUCUGGAGCUGGAGCAGAAAUUCACAUACGACAACGAUCCCAUCACCCUCAGCAAAAGCACUCUGGACGACAGGAUCAUGUUGAACCUCAAAAAUCUCAUCACAAACUCCUUGGUAGUCGAGCGACAGCCAUGCAUGCCGACCCAACUGCAAAGACCUUUGGUGCUGAAGACGGGUGUUCUGUUCACCCUCAAAUUACGGCUGCUCAUAAAACUUCAGGAAUUCAACCACACUGUUCGGGUGAAGGUGCAAUUUGACAAGGAUAUCGUUGAGAAACGUAAAGGGUUUCGCAUGUUCAACAUCUUGGGAACGGCCAUGAAGGUGAUGAACAUGGAGGAAUCCAAUGGGAUGGCAGCAGAAUUCCGUCAUCUGCAACUGAAAGAGAAGAAAGUUACCGGAAACAGAACAAGUGAGGGCCCUCUGAUCGUCACGGAGGAACUUCACUCCAUCACCUUUGAGGCUGAGCUCUGCUGGUCAGGAAUGGUCAUGAACUUUGAGGCCACGUCUCUGCCCAUAGUCGUGAUCUCCAACGUCAUUCAGCUCCCCAGUGGAUGGGCCUCCAUCAUGUGGUACAACAUGCUGACUUCUGAGCCAAAGAACCUUUCGUUCUUCGUGACUCCUCCUUCAGCCACGUGGGGGCAUCUAGAGGAGGUGCUGAGCUGGCAGUUCUCCUCCAUCACCAAAAGGGGUCUUAAUCAAGAGCAGUUAAACAUGCUGGGUACCAAACUCCUUGGACCUAAAGCGGUGAUGGAUCCUGAAGCUCAGAUUCCUUGGAAUAGAUUCUGCAAGUCUGGCAGUGAGAAGAACUUCACCUUCUGGCUGUGGAUUGAAGGAAUUUUGGACUUAAUAAAGAGACACCUGCUGAGUCUGUGGGACGAUGGCUGUAUAAUGGGCUUUGUGACCAAGGACCGAACUAAAGCUCUGCUACAUGAAAAAGCUUCCGGGACAUUUCUGUUGCGCUUCAGUGAGAGCAACCGUGAUGGAGCCAUCACAUUCAGCUGGGUUGAACACGACGCAAACGAAGAGCCACAGAUUCGCUCCGUGGAGCCCUACACGAAGAAGGAACUCUCUGCCGUCUCACUUCCUGAUAUCAUUCGCAAUUAUCGCGUGAUGGCGGCCGACAACGUCCCAGAAAACCCUCUGCGCUUCCUAUAUCCCAGUAUACCCAAAGACGAGGCCUUCAAAAAAUACUACUCCAAACCUACCGACAAGCAAGAACCAAUGGAUGUGGAUAAGAAGUCACAUGAGGGAUACAUAAGCACCACUCUCAUCUCCAUCUCUGAAAUGCUGCCACAAGACUAUAACGACACACUCAUGCCAAUGUCGCCUGAGGUUUACGGCGAGCUGGAGCGCAUGAACCGAUAUGUCACCGAUUCGUUAAAUUUUGAGCCCUCAGACUUAAGUCUCUCGUAAGUGACCUGAAAGGACAGAUGAUGCAGAAAAAAUAGAAAUGUUUCCUUCAUUCUGUGUUUUUUCUAUAAUGCAAAUGAAAGAGGAACAUCUAGUCCAGGUAUAGCCAUUGGGUUUAGUUGUCCUCUCUUUUUCAUUAUAACGUUAUUUGAAAAACACUGUAUACGCUGUCAACUAUAGCAUAAAGACAACCAAACAGAUCGAAUUAACCCCCAUAGUAAUGCUACUGUUACCACAGCACUCAUUCUCGAAAACUUUUUAGACAGUGAAGUUGUGAAUGAAUAGCACUUCAUUUUCUUAGAUGCCAAGUAAUAGAAACGGAGGAGAAAGUGAACAAAAAAGCUAGAUGGAUAAAUUUCACAAAAUCUUAUUUUCUGUAAAGAAAAUUAAACCUAGUUUUUAGGACUAAUAAGAUUUUUUAAGAGUUUAAUUUACUUUUACUGUAAUGCAAUCAAAUAUUUUAUUUAAAUGAAUGUGACAAAACUUUUAAUUCUAAAACAUUACAUAAGAGCAGUAUAUGUCAUACUGCCUUGGAUUUUUGUAUUCAAAUCAGAAUCAAUUAUUGUAGUACAGGAAUUUAACUGUAAUAACAAAAUUACUGUAUUACAGUAAUAAAAAUACAUUAUGAAAAUAAUGUGAACGAACAAAAACAAAACACAAUGGUCCUCAACAAAACUGGUCCUAAAAUAGGCUUUCUUUUCUUUGUUUCUUCUGUUUGGUUUUGGGAUAAAACACCCCAAAGAUUCAUCCAGAAAGAACUAUGACAUGCAGGAGUUCAGGUCUGAUUAAACCUUUUAAGAUGCUAGGUGUUUACUUUCCAAACACCGUUUCUAAAUAUGUGAAAAAAAAAGACCAGUUUUCUUGAGAUUUUCUUUAACUUGCUGGUGCUCUAUUAGUGUUAUGUUCAAUUAAUGCACUUAAUGUUGUCAUUUCUCACGUUUGCACUGGAUUGUACUGCUGUGUUUAAUUACAGAGCAAUAUUUGUUUUUGUCUUAUUUGUUUUGGACAUGAUAGAAAGUUAUUACUGUAGGAAUCCAUCUUGUUUGGAAUGACUUAAACAUCUGCACCUUAGAAACUUUCGGCACAGACCAACAAUACGCAAACCCCACAUUGGCGAAAGAAAAGUUAUUGUGUACGAAUGUGUGAAAAACGUUAAAAACAGAUAAACAUAUAAAUGUUGAAAAAACGUUGCAAAAAUAUUUUAAAAUGGCAAAAAAUUACAUCUUUGAGAUAUCCAUUGAAUGGAUAUCUGUCUGAUGGAUGUACAGCUACAAGAUAAGAAAAAUGAAUAUCAAAAGCUAUGUAUGUUCAAAGUCUUUAUUGUUUUUAUCUAGUAUUUCUUGUGUGGAAUAUAUUGAUCAGCUUUGACAUUAAAUUCAAACAAAUCUAGAACAUCUACAGCAUAGCAUAGUUAAAUAAUAAAAGCAAAUUAAAAGGAAAUAUCACAACAACAACAAUGCAAUACAUUCAUAGCAGUAAUAAACAAAUGCAGAAAAAAUUCGUAACAGCUUUCUCCGCAAAAACAAGAAAUUACACAAUGCAACAAAAAUGGAGUAAAAUAUGACAAGGUUAACGAACGAAGUUGGAUACGAUCAGUGACCUACUUUUGUUUGUACUGUUGAGUCUCUUGGUUGAGUUGCUUCAAUUUUUUUCCAAUAAAUAAAUUGUCCUCAGUUAAUUGUGUACAUCCACACACACACACACACACACACACACACAUUACAAAACACAUUUACAAUACUUUAACAACAGUGUCCCACUAGAAAAUAUUCACAUAGUUGAGAUCGACUUAGCUUUGGAGGUUUUUCCAAGUAUACGCGCGCCUCUGUCGUCCGUACUGUACAUUAGAACAAUCAAUGUGCUUUUCCGCAUACAAUGUGCUUAUAGACAUGAAACCAACCGUUUAUGAAGUUACUUCACCAAAUUACACAACUGACGGGACAUGUUUAGACUACAUUUUGACCAUAGCAGUCAGUGUUAAUUCCAGUGCAUUUUUGUUUGUUUAUAUUCGACUUUCAAUCUUAUUUGUCAUUUCACCAUGUACUGAGAAUAAAACAGAAAAUGAU